GAGGCCUGGUAGGUUGCUCUAAAACUUUCAAAUGAGCCCAGGUAAAGCCCACGAAGGCAGGAACCACCUGUCCCCACCUUCAUCCCUGCCGUCAGUGGUCAGUCCGUCUCGUCCUCCCUUCCCGUCAGGUGUGGCCGUCUCGCUUCGGCUUCUCCCACUUCCUUCCCCAGAUCUCCAAGACCAGGAGCCCCGGCGAAGCCACCACGCACGCAGCGAUGUCGGCGAGCAGCACGCCCGUAGACGCUUUGGGGGAGCCGAUCCCGACGUCGUCGGUGCUGAUGGCAGCGUCGAAGCACAUCGCAGUCCGGUGCCGCCCGGAGAACGUCGCCUUCCUCAACUGCAAGAAGAAGGACCCUAAUCCUGAGAAGUGCCUCGAGAAGGGUCGCCAGGUCACAAGCUGCGUCCUUAGCCUGUUGAAAGAACUUCAUCAAAAGUGUCCCAAGGAAAUGGAUGAAUAUGCUGGUUGCAUGUAUUACUACACCAACGAAUUCGACUUCUGCCGUAAGGAGCAGCAAGCUUUUGAGGAAUCCUGCCCCAUUUCCGAGUAGAUCUUGAGAGCUUUACUUCCAGGGAUCUUUGCAAAUAAGGAAAGAAAGGCUGAAAAACCGAGUUCAUGAUCUCCCAUGUUUGUUGUCCUCAUGGAAUUUUUAAUGGUGGAUGAAUAGCACACCAAGGAGCUAUUCACCACAAUUGUCCCCCUCAAUAUUUUUUUUUCAAACUUGAAGUGACUUAGCCGUAUGCUCUAAGAUGGUGAAUGGUGAUGAUGAUGAUGUUUUCACCUAGUGGUUCACAGAAUACAUUUGGCAGACUUGCCGUUAUUUCUGUCCUGGGUGUGCUAAGAUAUUAAUCUGAUAUCCUUUUCUAGACCUUGUUUCUGUCACAAGGCUAUACCACUA